AUGAAAAUAGCGUUGAAAUGCUUCAACUGCACAAACUGGCUGGGUAUAAACCGGCAGUGCGAACUGGAUUUGACUAAGGAUUUACGCAAUGGACAUUCAAGGGCAUCGAGGCGCGUCGGUGAUCGAGAUGGUGAUCAACAACCCGCACUGACAGACCACACAGAAGAACAACUACGGAGCGUUAGUUGCAGGAGGCCAAUCAAGACCCCAGAACCUCCCAACCUUGUUCCAGUAAGAGAAUGUGUGAAGCGAAGAUCCAAGGUCCAAGGUCCAAGGAAGGCCAUCCCAGAGUUUGAGAAAUAUUAG